GCCGCUCCGCGAGGCCCAGAGCAGAUCGACGCGAAUUGAGAUUCCGCUUCUCCAAUCGUCCAAUCUGACAAUCUCCAUCCUCAGAUAGAACAGCCUCCCAAGCGACAGAACAGCCUCAGGAGGCACCCCCGCGGUUAGUCUCGAAGCUUCCGUUCGGAACCAGGGUUAGGGUUUCGCGUCCUCCCGUCGUCAUCCUCAGCCAUGUCCGGGCGCGAGGUCCGCGAGUACACCAAUCUCAGCGACCCCAAAGACAGGAAGUUUGGUAAAGGGAAGGAUAAGAUCGACGAUGAGGACAUCACCUUCCAGCGCAUGGUUGCAAAGAUGCAAGAGGUUGCUGGUGAUAGGGGAGGCUACCUUCACGGACGAGGAGCAUUGGACAGCGAUGAUUUGCUUUACCUGAAAGAGCAAAUGGAAGCUGAAGAAGAUGCAGAGCGCCUUCUUCGUCAUACUGAGAAGCGGGCAUUUGCUGCUUUUAAGAAAGCAGCAAUUUUAGCUGAUUCUACACCUGCUGUCCCUGUGGCUCUUCGUGUUGAACCUAAACCUAAAAGUGAUAUAAGGCAACAAGAUCUUUUGAAGAACAUUGUUGGGAUCAAACCAAAGCGACCAAAAGUUAGCAGCCCUUCACAGCCACCAGAUAGCAAUAAGCCUAAACAUACGGAAGAAGACCCUGUCGGCGAGUUGUCGCCAUCACGGAAUCCGUUGGGACCAUCUCAUGGGACUGUGAAUCCUGACCACACAGCGCCAAGGUUAGAUGAACCAACAGAGGUGAAGCAACAGAACAGAGCUGGAAGUUUGCUUGGUUUAGCUUAUGAGAGUUCGGAUGAAGAAUAGUUGAUCAUGCGAUUCCAAUGGGAACUGGACUAUUUCUUGUCAGAUGUCUGCAUUCCAAACGACAGGCCUGGUGUAUUGAUGAGAGCUCUCACUGAGUCAUCCUCAGGUUACGGGUUUGAAACAGCGUGGGUUUGGAACAGUCAGUCACCAGGUCAUGCCAGGAGUUUGAAACAUUGUGGGUUUAAAACGGCCUUCCUUCAUAUUUGCAGAGGAAGGCUGCCUCAUUUUAUCCUCUUUAGUAUUUAGCUGUGUAAUUGGUUUUAUAAUUAGAUUAUAUUUAAUAUUCAUAAUAAACAUUCAAACAUCCGAUAUAUAUAGACUAAAUUUUAGUGCUGGAACCAAA